AUGUCACAGGCAUUGGAGAAAUGCCAGCUUAAGAGUACCAUUAGUAGUCUCCCAAACUGUUUAGAUUCAUCUGGAAGAGUGUUGCUUAGGAGAAACAAGAUCUUAAUUCUUGAUGAAGCAACUCCAUCAAUUGAUUCAGACACAGAUGCCACUGUACAAAGGAUUAUAAGGCAGGAAUUCUCAAUUUGCAUUAUUGUAACAGUUGCUCAUAUGAUUCCAACUGUUAUAGACGGUGACAUAGUCAUGGUCCUCUCCUCUGGUGAAAUGAUGGAAUAUGAUGCGCCCUCCAAGCUAAUGGAGUCGGAUUCUUAUUUCUCAAAGCUUGUUGCUGAGUACUGGUCCAACUGCAGGAGAUGA